AUGGAUAAAAUUAAUUUUUCAAAUUGCAAGGCACUAAGAGAAAAUGGGACACCGCUCUCCGGCUCCGCAAACGCAAACAACCUUGUGAAACAGUCUUUUCACCACCAACAACGCCAACAAGAAGACUUCACAAGAACAUUUCAUCAGAACAGCAACCCUCAGCAACAAUACAACAACAGCAAUUUAAAAGACGACGUGUACGAGGUGAUCCUCCGAAAAUAUGAAGAAGAGAAGAAGCAGCACCUCCAACAAAUUCAGUUCUUAAGCCAAAAGUUGAAACUGAAAGAGGAGAAUUUAGAUCGGGUGAUGGGAGCUUUGGAGAACAUGAAAGAAGAAAACACGAAACUUACUUCAGAACGUGACAGGUUAGCCUCAAGCAAUGAGACACUUAAUGCCAAACUUAACAGUUCGAUGAAAAGUGAAACAAUGAAUGAUAUAAAGAUCAGAGACGCCAUUGACCAAAGACUUCAACUCCAACUCUCUUGCAACAAAUUAAUAGAAAAAAACGAAAAGUCGGAUAAAAAGUUGCUAAAGUUGAAAAUGGAGAAACAUCAGUUGGCCAACCAGGUUGAACAGCUGACUAAAGAUCUCAAAAUUAUGUCUGAGAAAGCUAACUGCCAGAAUUUGUUAGAGAUCCUCAAAAAAGAUUUUGCCAGUUUAAUGAUGAUGAAGAAGGAUUUGGAAAGAGAGCUGAAAAUGAAAGAUAUUCAGUUGGCGGAGUCAGAGAGCACGCUCAGCAAUAGCAAGAACCAACUCAAAGAUGCCAUAAACGAAAAUAACAUGAAACCAUCAUCAUCACUACAAAAUCCCUCAUCAUUAUCUUUUCCACCUGAAUCGUCAUCACCACGGCCAUUACCAUUGUAUGAGAAAUUUAACAAGCUCCAUACAGGUGUCGGCUCCAUUCGUAACCCAAUACUGUUUCAAGUACCUGUGCUUAAUUAA